AUGUUCACUUUGCUUUCCAUCCAGUACUUUUUAUAUCUUCUGUUAUCCAAAACAGCAGAAACGGCAGAUCCGAACCUGCCUUUUAUGGAGUACCUCGACAAUGAACACUCAGUCUGUAUCAAAUGGGGGUUUGAUAUCAUGCAGGGGAACAUCACCAUCAAAUUCAUCGUCAACACCACCGGCUGGAUCGGCUUUGGCCUGAGUCACACCGGAGACAUGACAGGGGCCGAUCUGGUCAUGGGGGGAGUCGGGCCUGCUGGAAACUACUUCAAAGAUUAUUACUCCACGGAGAACACCUACCCCAUCGUGGACCAGCAGCAGAGCUACACGUUGCUGUCGCUUAAUGAGAGCGAAGGGGAAACUCACAUGACCUUUUCCAGGGAUUUGCAAACAUGUGAUGAGCAAGACAUCCCAAUUCUUGACCAAUCCAUUUAUGUGAUAUACGCUUAUGGACUUACGGAUGAGAUAGGCUUCCACUUAAAUCUCGUCGGUGGCAAACAACUCAACCUACUGAAUUUUGGUAGCAGAACCAAUGAGGUAGAUGGAGAUGAUCUGAAUGCCACAAUGAGUCAGUUCUACAUGUACCGAGACAGCCACCUCAGUUAUUUGGAAAUGCUAACUCAACGCUGUAAUCAUACGGGCAAUGCGGCAACCAAGUGCACAUCCUGGAUUUGGAAUCAAGCAUCUGUUCUGCUUGUGUUCUUCUGGAUUGCUCUUUACUGA